GGCGGAGCCACCGCGCAGAGUCGAGAGUUUUCCGUUGCCUACUUUUUCUGGCCAUUCAUUUUUUUUAGCCCAUGCUGAGAGGGACGCCGUUUUCACAUGAGGAUCUCAUUGGAUUUCGACUUCUUGCAGAAGCUCGCGGGCCGUAAUGACCAGACGUGAAACAUGAUGCGGGAGAUAGCAGCGGUGGUGUUCUUUCUGAAGAGGCUUGUGAAGAAGGGGGAAAAGAUGGAAGCUGACAAGGUCGAGCUGUUUGUGGAGAGGCUGGCUGCUGCACUGCAGGAGAAGUUCAAGGGCCACUGGUACCCUGAAAGCCCCAGCAAAGGCCAGGCGUACAGGUGCAUCCGCAUAAACAGAUUCCAUCGGCAGGAUCCAGAUCUCCUUCGAGCUUGCCGGGAGAGCGGGGUAAAAUACGGCGACCUGGGACUGCCUCGUGAGCUGACGUUGUGGGUGGACCCUGGAGAGGUUUGCUGCAGGUAUGGCGAGCAAAAUCCCUGCUUCUCGGUUGCCACUUUCAGUAGUGAUGACGAAGACGAUAAAGACGUUGCGAAGAAGGUGACGAGCGCUCUGGAGAGGGUCACAUCGGACUACCACUCAGGUUCUUCUUCUGAUGAGGAAAGCACACGGAGCUCCCCCCUCACUGUCCCCAACAGCCGCUGGACCCACCAGGCCAUGAACCCCAGAGCUCCUUGUUGGCAUCCCACUAAGAUGGUGCCGGGGAAAGGUCCCGUCCUUCCACGGCCUCACUACGGCUACAGGGCCCGCGGCAGAGCCCCCCACACCUUGAGAAGUAACGUUUGGGUUCCUCCUGUCUUCAGAGCAGGACCCGAAUACUGGGACACACAACCAAAUGUGGCACAUAGCUAUAGUUAGGGGCCACGGUGCUUCCACUGUGUUCACACUGGACAUUAAACCUAGAAAAAAACUUUUGAUGAGUGAUACUUUUUUUAAAACGUGAAUUUUUAUAACAUUAAUAUUGUUUUUCACAGUCUUUUGCACUUUAGAUCUUUAUGUUUAUAGUGGGGCUAAAUCCCCUGUAUGAAAUUAGGUAGUAAAUAUUUAAAUACUACAUGUGGAAUUUUGAAGUACUGUAUUUUUACUACAGGAGACAUUCAUGUAUGCAGCUUAAUGUCCUUUGUGAUGACAUGUUUUAUUUAUCAAGCAAAGAUCUUCAGAUGUAUAGGCUUAAUGUUAUAAACUUUUAUUAAACACUUCCAAGCAUUGCAUAAUGA